GACCUAGAAAACUACACCACCGUACACGAUACAUACGCGAGUGUGCCGAACACCUCGUGUUGAGAGGUAUCAUCAUCAUUAUCAUCGUUUCAUUCGAGAAGAUCGUGGAUUCGACAUCAAUCCUCUCGAUCAUCAAACGAAUCUCCAAAGCUGGCGUCCACCAAUCUCGGCGUUUGCUGGCAGUUUCCGCGUCUAAAAGCACGCGUUACAAAAGGAAGAGCGCGCGAACAGCGUAGUCGAGUCGGUUCUCGUCUGGCGCGACAGCAACAACGGUGUGUCACGGUUAAAUAAGCGCGCUACAUUUUGUUACCUUUGUCGGCACGAUGCAGUGACCCAAUGAGUUAAUUUUCCUAGACACACACACACACACACACACACACAUGGUGUUGAUCGUCGUCAUCACGAAGUACAACCUGACAGAGCAGUGCAAAUUCCCGAUUUGGUUAUGAGCCUUUAGUAUUUGUUGAAGCAGCUUGCAAUAAGAAUAAAAAAUGGUAUCAUCCAUCUCGACUAACGGGGAGGCCGAGGGUCUGACCAAGAGUUCUACCCUAGAGUUUCACGACGAACAGCACUCCCAGUUAAUUCUGUCUUCGCUCAACAUGAUGAGAAAGAACAAGCAUUUCUGCGACGUCAUACUGCACGCCGGUAAAGCCGAAGUGCAUGGACAUCGAGCAGUGUUAGCCGCGGCCUCUCCGUACUUAUUCGAGCUGUUUAGCAAUGAUACUCAACAAGGUAGCAACGAGCCACAAGUCACCUACAAGCUCAGCGAUCACAUCAACAAACGUGCUCUGCAGAAGCUCAUCGAUUACGCCUAUACAUCUAGACUCGAGAUAACACCAGCUGAAAUGAAAUCAAUUUACGUAGCAGCGGCCUACUUGAAAAUGGAUCGAAUAGCCGGCCAAUGUACAGCUCAAUUAUUGGAAUCGUUGACGCCAGAGACAUGCCUUGAAAUUCGUGGUUUGCCUGGUAUCGUCUCCAACGAAAAUUUUGUCAAACAAGUUGAUGCUUAUAUUCGCCAAAACUUUGAGAAUGUUUGCAACAAUCCAGUACUGUCAUUUCUUCCCUACGUGAAAAUCGAAGUACUAUAUCAAACAACGCAAGAAAUGAGUUUAGUAAACGGUCAAAGUCUGUGCUGUUUAGUCUUGGAUUGGAUUAAACGUUUGAUGACCGAUCAAGAUCAUCCACCUAGUGUACAGCAACUUUCAGAGAAAACUCAUCUCUUGUAUUUAGCUCUCGACAACAGUUUACAAGAUUGUUCGGAUCUGCCAUCGGGUGACAUCAGUGACACUGACAUCGUACAAGACUACAAGAAAAUGUCUCUCAAGACUCAAGUUUCGCAGAACAAGAGUCGCAGAAAGGGUGUUUUGCAACCUGCUAAACCUCGAGUUUUGAUAUACAACAGUAGUAUCGAAGAUAGUGUAGAGGAACAGCUGGAACCGGAUUGGAAUUUGAUUGGCGUCAGUAAAGUUGGAGAGCACACAUUCCUGAGCAUCGUGACGCUAGACGGUCUUCUCACAAAACUAUCGGUGAUGUUACGCUUGAAUACACCAUCGUCACCAGCAGCUCAAGAAACCAACCACCGAAUUCCAGAAGACCAAAGAAGUUCAUCAAGCGAGCCAGAUUUAUAUUGUGCUCUGCCAACAAUGAAAGCUGGUAAAUGUUCGGUAGGUUGUGCCGAACUGAACGGUUAUUUGCUGGUUUGUGGUGGUUACGACCGAGUUGAGUGCCUGAAAACUGUCGACAAAUAUGUACCCGAAUCAAAUACAUGGGAAGUUGUAGCAGCAAUGAAAGAAGCUCGUGGACGAUUUGGCAUUGCUGUUGUCAAGGGUAAAGUUUAUGCUAUUGGAGGAUCCAAUGGAUCAACUGAAUUGGAAACUGUUGAAGUAUUAGAUCCUGUGAGUGGUAAAUGGAAGACUGUGGCAAAUUUACCUUUGGCUAGAUCAAAUUCGGGAGUUUGCUCGUUGGACGACAAAAUCUAUUGCAUUGGCGGCUGGAAUGGACAGGCUGGAAUCAAACAAUGCGACGUAUACGACCCAGACACCAAUGUAUGGUCGAGCAUCGAGCCUUUAAAAAUCGGCCGCUAUCAAGCUGGAGUAUGUUCCUACGACAACAAAGUCUAUGCAGUUGGUGGCUGUGACUCCUGGAAUUGUCUCAACUCGAUUGAAAUUUAUGACCCACAAACGAAUACUUGGAGUAUGGGCCCAUCUCUGAUCACCGCUAGACGUGGUUGUGGAUUGGCCGUGUUCCACGGUAGAUUGUACGCAGUUGGUGGAUCGACUGGUCAGCAUAGUUUGACAAGUACAGAAGUUUAUGAUCCAGCAGAACAAGUGUGGGUUCCUGGACCUAGUAUGUGCAUGCCGAGGGCUAACGUUGCAGUCACCGUUGUUGGCGAUAGACUGUACGCGGUAGGAGGUUUUUCUGGCAAAAACUUCCUAAACUCGAUCGAGUAUCUAGACAUUCAUACGAACGAGUGGACGACGUUUAUCCCGAAAACGGAUGGUAUAAAAACACCGCCGAAUCCUGAGUACAAUAAUUACUCGGAUUCAAGUGCCAACGGUAGCGAGAAAGACAUGCCUCAGUCGACGUGUAGUAGUCGGCAAUUAAGCAAGGCCAACUCGGAAGUCGAAUGAAAUCUUAUUUUUAAUAAAUCUACCUUAUCUUGCCCUCCCUUUUUUGUUACUAUUUUUGUCGGUAAUAAUCUUAGCACUGCAAGGAUGAAGUACAAUUCCAGUUAUGUAUAUCAUAGGGAUCGUUUGAGUGUGACAUUACUUUCUGCACGCGAUUCUUGAUACUUCUGCCAUUUACAGAGAAAAACCAUGCGAAAUCGAAUUAUAACAUGUGACUCAUUUUGUACGAUGAUAUUCAACUUGUAAAAAAUUGAGCAAUGUUAAAUUUUCAUAUCAUUAAAUUUCCAUCUUUAUUUAUCUUCUUUAAAUGUUACUUACUAUUUAUUCUCUUUAAUCAUAUAUAUUGAAAUAAAUAAGAUUAAUAUUCGUUGGUAACUGAGAAAAUCCAAGAUGUUUUUACAAUUCUUUCUGUGCUAUUGAAUUUUAAUAGAUUGCUUCUAGUUUUUGUAGAUAUUUUGAUAGGCAUUUGAUCCAACUAUAGCAUGCUUUUCAAAAUUGCAGUUAAAUUAUUUACAAAAAGAAAAGUGAUACUUCUCUUUUGUAACGUUGCUCAAUUUGCAAAAGAAAAAUUUAAUAGAACGUUUGUUCACCAAUGUCGUAAAAUUACUUUACCAUAUCGUAUCUCAAAAAAAAAAAAAAUAACUGAAAAAAGUGCAAUUUUCUUGUUCUUUCAACUUUGUAUGUGAUUAAAAUUUUUUUUAAGACUAUUUUACGAAUUUACAAACAUACAAAAGAGGAAAAACCUGUAACGGAAAAACAAAUGUCAUGCUUGUAAUAUAUUUGCAAAAUUUGAUAAAUUAUAAGAGCAAAUGAAAAACCAAACAAACACUAACGUGAAUAUUCGGUGCAAGUGUAGUAUAAAAUUUGUAAAAUUUGCAUUAUUUAUGCAUUUUUUCUUUCGAUAAGAACCGAGACACUGCCAAAAACAAAAAUAGCAUUUGUUCCUAAAAAUUAAAAAGAAAAAAACCAGCUACAUUAUAAUUUUUAAAAGUUACAUUCUAUAUAUACAUGAGAUUUAAAAUCCAUAAAGGGUCCAACACAAACUUUUUUAUGGACAAGAACAUAUAUUUGUUGAAAUUGUCAAACAGAAAAGAAGAAAAGCGGAUUUACAUACAUUUUAUGAAUUCUUACCAUUUACAUAAUCGAAUUACACGAUUUUAAUAAGUGCAGAAAGUAUCAAGGGAACUCAAUAUUACAUACGGGAAAAAUAAGAAAUAUCCUGAGGAUAUAUAUUAUAUAAUAGUAAUAAUUGUAAUAAUCAGUUAAAAUUGAAUCUUUUUUGAGGAUUUGCCUGAAAGUAUUGAGUUAAUACAGUUUUGACGCGGAUACAUUCAGUUCGAAACUAUCAACAAUAAAAAAUUUAACGAAAGAAAACUAUACAUCAGGAAGUUUUCUAUUAUUUGGUUUUUAGUAUAUUUUCAUGUAAAUGACGGGUGUUUUCAAUAUUUUUGAUUUAACAGGAUAGUCAAGAAACAUUUUUCUUUUUAUUAAAUGAUCUGUAGCAGAUUGACUAUAAAAUGAAGUGUAAUACAUACUUAAACAUUUUCAAACUGGCGUCAUUUAUGUUAGUAAGGAUUAUUAAAAGGAAAAAUAACAUGUACAGUAUGGUAUAAGUGUGAAAAACUGUUUUGUAAAACUAUGAUUACGAAAAAGCAAAAAAUAUUUACGAUGAGUCUGCAUAAUAAAAAUAUAACUGUUAAA